GAGAUUGAAUUGUUAUAUGUGAUAAUAAACCAAGUGGAUCGUAAACACUCAUGCUUUGUGAAAGCAGUUUUCGUUUCGUAAACUCCUGUGUAACAGGAAUAUCCACCUUGUAGCGAAUAAAAUCCUUUUUUGUAUCCCAAUACACUCCGAGUACUUUUUCAUAUGAUUCCUCAAAUUUUCCUAAUAAGUCUUCUUUAACUUCCGUUCUAUUUUCUUCCGGGAUUUGUCCCAAUAGCUCAUUACUGUUGGAUAUAAAAUUUCUGAUAUUGAAGUGCCCAUAUUUGUGAAUGGUAAUAACUUCGUUCACAAUUUUUGAGGCAUUUUCUAAAUCGUCGAAACUAUCUAGGUAGUCAUCCACGUAAUGGUUGUUUUGAAUGGCCUCUACUGCCUGAAGAUGACUUUCUCUGAAUUUCUCAGCAUUUGUGUUUUUAACAAACUGUGCGCAUGCGGGCGAGCAGGUAGCUCCAAAGGUCAUCACUUGCAUCACAUACACGUCGGGAUCUUCGUCAAAGUUUUCCCUAAAUAAAAACCUUUGGGCAUUUUGAUCUUCCUUUCUUAUUUUAACUUGAUGAAACAUUUCUUUGAUGUCUCCAGUUAUCGCAAAUUUUCCUUCUCUAAAUCGUAUUAACACUCCAAAUAGCGACGUCGUUGCAUCCGGGCCUUGUAAUAAAUUCGUGUUUAGGGACUCUCCCUUAACCUUAGCAGCGGCAUCAAAAACAAGCCGUGGCUUUAUGGGCUGUUUAUUUAGGUUCACAACUGUAAAGUGCGGUUUCGAUUAUGUGGUCAAGCGGCCACCUCAGGCCAGAGUAUGCUUCGGAUCCGGAAUCCAGCGGGAAGCGGUACCCCUGCGGGGUCCUGCCAUGAGUCCCCUGAUGCGACGAAUAAUGCCCAAAUCGGCGGGGAAAAAUGUCGCGCCAGGCUCGUACAACAUCACAUACUUUGACAAAACAUCCCAUCCUGCCUUGAAAACCGUGUGCAGCUCACGAGGGUUCGGUUCCCUCUCGGCCACCAGCGUGCGUUUCACAUUCGACGAAAUUAGUAAAUCCCCGGGGGUGGGGGAUUACACCACAAUCAAGCCGAAAUCGGUUGAAGCCUCCAAAGUGCCGUUUGGGGCGGCCGUUCCCCGGUGGAAGGAGAAGCCGUACCAAGCUGUUCCAGGUGCUGGCACGUACACGCAGGGCCAUCGCAAAGAAAUUCGAAAGCACUCAUUUGGAGGGAAAAUCCGCAUCAUACCGGCAACAAUGACUAUCUGCAAGACGAACCAUUUUGAUAGAUGCUAUCGCUGUGAAAAGAACCCGAUAGUUGACUAUUGGAAGAACUUGAAAACGGAGCGCUGUCUCUGCAGAGACUGCAUGGUCAAAGAGAUCGAUGACGCAAAGUAUCGUUCCAAGACGAAAUCGGUUAUGGUUGGGCGAAUAGCAGCACUGAAGGAGUACAAACGCGUUCGUCACUGUUCCUAUUACCACAAACACGAUAAAACGGCGGCAGCUAUUCAAUUCGUAACCAAUCAAGAACUGAAGCGAAAGUUCAGAGUAGAAAAUUACCUCUCGAUGUUUGAAUAAAAUUAUAACAUAGA